AUAUGUUCUUGUUGUCAAACAGCUGUAGGCUGUUAUCAAGAAACAUGAUGUAUCAAAAAGAUUAACGCUAGAGUUUUCGUAUGCUUCAAAGCAUGUAUUUGUACGCAAGUUUUGACUUGCAAACACAUUGGAACAGCCCUCAGACGGUAGCUUCAUGUGAAGCACAUUAUUUAUUAAUUCAGAAGUUUAAAGUGAAGUGACAUAACCAUAUGAAACUCCGUAUCCGUAGCAGUUCUUGUCGUCUGAGAUAUAGAGAAGAAUAUUCUUUAGGAAAUGACAUCUAACUUUUAAAUUGUUAUACUUAAAUACCUCUACUAGUUGAAAUGGAUUACACCAGUAGGAAUAUAUUGGUUAUGUGUAUCUUGACUUUCAUCGAAGUCAUGACUUUCAUUUCAUCUAUCGAUAUAAGCUUCAAAAAAUACCACCAUGACUUCCGGUUAGAAGGAUACAAGUGCGUACCAAAUGAAACAAUCUUUGAAAUUGACAACGUUGAUCCUGUUGAGUGCGGCAGACUAUGUUACCUGAAUAGCAUUUGUGCGAAAAUAUUCUACCAACCGAAUUCCCACAAGUGCAUCGGAUGUGGUCAUCAACUGAGUCCGACCGACAAUUACGAAACACUCCCUGGUUCAAUGUCUUACACAUCUGAAUACGAAACCGACUGCAAACACAUUUUGGAGAGUCGUCGCGCAGUACCAAAUGGUCUAUACGAAAUAGGUUUAUGGAUGUCAAAGAAAAUAAUAACAGUCUUCUGUGAUAUGAACACAGAAGGUGGUGGCUGGACUGUCUUUCAUCGCCGGAUUGAUGGUACAACUGACUUUUAUCGUAACUUCUCCGAAUACGAAAACGGCUUUGGUUCACCAAACGGUGAAUUUUGGCUAGGACUGAAAUACAUACAAGAGAUAGCUAGCCAAGGUACAACAGAAAUUCGGCUGGAAAUGACGAGGGAGAACGGGGAAGAGGGCUUUGAAACAUACAAGGACUUCAAGCUUGUAAAUGGCGCAGAUUAUACACUAUUCGUCCAGAGGCAUACAGCUUCAGCACCUACGGACACUGAACAGACAUUACACACAAACAUUUUAUCAGAAGCAUUUUCUUUUGCAUCCACUGCUGGAUGGCCUUUCUCAACCUAUGACAGAGACAAAGAUUCUGACGAAAGAAGAAACUAUGCCGUAGAACACCACGGUGCGUGGUGGUAUGCCGUCGGUUCGGGCGUGAAUCUUAACGGGAAGUAUUGCCGACCGGGAACCAGAUGUAACGAUGGGGUCUCCGGACUGACAGGUCACUAUCAUUUCGGAUUUGCGAAAGAUGAAUCAUUGAAGUCAUCUCGAAUGUUGAUUAGACGUGUAUGAAAAGUCAAAAGGCACACAAAUGAAGAAAAAAAAACAUGACAAGGAAUCGGCGCCACUCUGUGUUAAUUAUACCAGUUGCAAGUCAGUGUUGCUUUUAGUUAUAGUUUUGCCAUUUAAGAUACAGGAGUAGCAUUGAAAUUGUGAAAAUGGUACUCCUCAGUUAUAUAGAUGAGCCGUGCCAUGGGAAACCCAACAUAGUGGCUUUGCGACCAUCAAGUAUCCAGACCAGCCUGCGCAUCCGCGCAGUCUGGUCAGGAUCCAUGCUGUUCGCUAACGGUUUCUCUAAUUGCAGUAGGCUUUAAAAGUGAACUGCAUGGAUCCUGCCCGGACUGCGCGGAUGAGCAGGCUGGUCUGGAUCCAUGCUGGUCGCAAACCCACUAUGUUGGUUUUCUCAUGGCACGGCUCAGAUCAUGUAUGGUUUUUGUUUACUUCAUAUGUAUAAUGUAAGGUUAUUUUAUAUACAUGUAUAAAUUUGCGAUUUACAGCAUGCAAUUGUAGUAUAAUGUGAAAGUGUGUUUUUUUUUAUUCUAAGGUAUCUCGAUACAUUUGUUUUCGUUAUCAUAUCUAUAAAGUUUUAUCUGCAGGUCAUAAUGCACUUUUAUUAUACGUAACUUGAAGUAAGUCUCCAUAGGUCAUAGAACUUACUUCAAUAAAGCGUUAUUGUUAGGUCAUAGUACAUUUUCAAGAGCCAUACUUUUUUCAGGAAAUGUACCUUACAUUGACAAUAAUUGUGACCAUGAAAGUGAGAUUAAUAUGUUCUGUUAAAACCAGUAACAGCAAAUCAUCAAAAAGUGUGCAAAAGACUAGAUUAGUUCAAAUGUCACCAAUAACAGCCGCACGCCAAUAAGACGAAAUAAAGUUAUUUAUGAUAAGUUAGUGAUGGCGCUCGCACCAGACAUUUGCUACAAUUUCGUUCUGUCAAGUGUCGCGUUCCGGUCCGCAUUCUUAUUCAGUUUCAGACGCUGUGCGCUUUUUUCCCCAAAUAAUUUUUAAAGAGAAUGAUAUCCUUGCUCUUUCGAGAUUUUUUUCAA